AAGAGAGGACAUUUAUGCGAAAAGUCUUAUCAGCAGCAUUAUGUGGUAACUAAAGGCUCUCACUCACAUACUUCUAAAGAAACUGAUGCAAAAUACACUUAUCGCUGUAGCUGUCUCUCAUAUAGACACAUGCACACAUACACACAACCCAGCUCUCAGGAUGCCUAAGAUAUGGGCCUUUAUUACGGAUUUCUUCACCUACGAGACGACCAAGUCGGUUGUGGUGAAGAGCAGGUCUGUUGGAAUCAUCAACCGCGUCAUACAACUACUCAUCAUCAUCUACUUCCUAUGUUGGGUCUUUAUACACGAAAAGGCGUACCAGGUGAGAGACUCGGGCAUCGAGUCUUCUGUCAUGACCAAGGUGAAGGGCUUCGGUUACCAUAACAAUCGUGUGAUGGAUGUGGCGGACUAUGUCGCCCCUACACAGGGUGCCGCAGUGUUCUGCAUCAUCACCAAGCUCAUCAUCACAGAGAACCAGUUCCAAGGAUUCUGCCCGGAGAGUGAAAGCAAGUACAAGUGUGACACGGAUGAAGAGUGCGACAAGUAUUUGGGGAGCUCCACUGGAAACGGAAUAAUAACUGGUGCCUGUGUGAACUCCUCUAAAGGACGACGCUGUGAGAUGGAGGGUUGGUGCCUUGCAGAGGACGACAAAGUCAACAUGCAACCAAUGAUGGAAGUGGAAAACUUCACCAUCUUCAUCAAGAAUAGUAUCCGCUUCCCUAUGUUCAAUGUUACCAGAGGGAACUUCCCAUCAUCCCUGAAUGCGACUUAUAUCAGGAGCUGUACGUAUGACCCGGAGCACAACCUCCACUGUCCCAUCUUCAAGGUGGGAGAAGUGCUGCGCUACACAGGACAGAACUUCUCCACCAUCGCUCAGACAGGUGGAGAGAUUGCGAUCAACAUUGAAUGGCAGUGUAAUCUGGAUGAGUCAGAAGAGAGAUGUGAACCACACUACUCCUUUACGCGACUUGAUGCUGUGUUUCAGAAGAACGGCAUCUCUAAGGGAUACAACUUCAGAUUUGCCAAAUAUUACAAAAAUGAGAACGGGACGGAGUUCCGCACUCUCCACAAGGCCUACGCCAUCCGCUUUGACAUCCUGGUCACUGGCCUCGCAGGGAAGUUCAACACAGUUCCUACUCUGAUCAACGUAGUGGCAGCCUUUACCUCUGUGGGACUGUUACAGUCUUGUUCCAUCACUGCAACUCCACAUGGACUCGGGAGUGGCGAAUGUCGAGAGCCGUGCGUCAUCCGAAACAUGACCCAGCCAAGUCUCUGA